CUCCUUUGAAAUUGUCAAGAAACCGCUUUGAUCAGACCAGACCAAAAAAACCAAACCACCAUGAAUUCUCUCUCUGCAAAAGCUUCAUCUUGUCUGAAAACCUGCAAAUAAUUCAUCAUCAAUUCUCUCUCCAAUUCUUUCUAUCAUCAUCAUCAUCAACCAUGGCUGCAAAAGUUCAUCCUUGGCUACCACUCUUCUUUUUCCUCACCCUUCUUUCCCAAUCUUCAUCUUCACCUCAAAAUAUCCAAACUUUUUACCCAUUCCCACUUACUCCUCCCCCACCAUCGCCGCCGCCACCAUCCCCUCCUCCUCCGCCGCCGCCGCCAACGCCAGUAUUCAUUCCAUUACUACCUCCCCCACCACAACCGGCGAAUAAUCCUCCAUCUUCAUCAACGAAAGGAAAAGUUGCGAAAGCUGUGGUGGCAACAGCUGCAGGGACUGUUUUUGUAUCGGCUCUGUUUUUCUUUUUGUUAGUAAGAUAUACAAAUAAGAAGAAAGACAAGACUGUUAAACCUAAUCCUUAUUCUGAUCCUUAUCCGGAUAUUCGACGAGAGCCGAGGGAAGACUUUGCUAGAUUCAAUAGUAGAGUUAAAGGUGUAAUUGUUGAUGAAGAUGGAUUGGAUGUUCUUUAUUGGAAGAGAUUAGAAGGGGGUGAACAAGUUAAGACUACUUUUAACAAACCAUUUAUGGUCAAUAAUUUUGUUAAAGAUGAAGAAAAACGUCAAAGUAAGAAAAAUGGUUAUCUUCCCAUUCAUGAAAGACCUUUACUUCGUGGAAUGUCGUCCUCUUCCCAUUUGCCCGAUGACCCAGAUGAGGAAGUUGCAUUGCCACCGCCGCCGCCGCCGCCACAGCCGCCAAUUCGCUCUACGUCUGAGAUUUCUUUGUCGGCGAUGGUGGUGAAAGAGUCGUCUCCGCCGCCACCUCCGCCGCCGCCGCAAAUCCUGUCAGCUCCACCGCCUCCGCCGCCGAAGCCUCCGUUAGCUAUUCAAGAAAAAUCCCAGUUCUCGGCUAUACCCAAAGAGGCUCCUCAGCCAGCGCCUCUGCCUCCUUCUAUACCCAAAACCUCGGUUCCUCCUCCGCCGCCGCCACGUUCAAAGCCUCCUGUUUCUAAGCCGCCGCCGCCACCUCUGCCUGGUUCUAAACCGCCGCCGCCACCUCCGAGAAGUGCGGCGGCGCAGGCUUCAUCUUCUUCUUCAGGGACAGCGAUUGAUUCAAAUGGGCAGGUGAAAAUGAAACCCUUACACUGGGAUAAGGUUAAUCCAACAAAUGAAGAACAUUCAAUGGUUUGGCAUGGACUCCAAAAAGGAUCAUUCAAAGUCGAUGAUGAUCUAAUGGAAGCACUAUUUGGGUAUGUAGCAACAAAUCGCAAAUCGCCCAAACGCGGCGAAUCUUCAUCAUCCAUCGAAAAAUCAAACCAAUCCUCACAGAUAUUCAUUCUCGAUCCCAGAAAAUCCCAAAACAUCGCCAUUGUCGUCCGAUCAUUAGGCAUAUCAAAACGAGAACUCGUCGAUUCAAUCAUAGACGGACACGGCCUAAACGUCGAAACCCUAGAACGUCUUACAAGAAUCGCACCUACCCACGAAGAAGAAACAGCAAUUCUUCAAUUUAACGGUGACCCAGAAAAACUAGCAGACGCAGAAUCAUUCCUAUACCAUCUUCUCAAAUCAAUCCCGACCGCUUUCCCCCGUCUGAACGCGAUGCUCUUCCGGUCAAAUUACGUGCCUGAAACUCUGUUCUUGAAGGAAUCACUUCAAACGCUAGAGAAAGCUUGUAAAGAACUAAGAACUCGUGGGCUUUUCCUGAAACUUCUAGAAGCAAUUCUCAAAGCAGGAAAUCGGAUGAACGCAGGAACAACAAGAGGAAACGCUCAAGCGUUCAAUCUUUCAGCUCUUAGAAAACUUUCAGAUGUUAAAAGCAUUGAUGGGAAAACAACCCUUCUUUAUUUCGUCGUUGAAGAAGUAGUUCGUGCAGAAGGAAAACGUUGUCUUAUCAAUAAAUCUCGAAGCAUAAGCCGAACCAAUAGCCAAAGCAGUCAGAAUUCAAACAUUUCAACAACAUCGAAUCAAGACAAAGAGAAAGAAUACAUAAUGUUAGGCCUUCCUGUCGUUGGAGGCCUAAGCUCUGAAUUCGGAACUGUAAAAAAAUCAGCAACUAUGGAUUACGACACAUUAUCCAAAACAUACCCGUCUCUAAUCACCAGACUCAACGAAAUUCAACAGAUUCUCGAUAAGAUCAAGAAAAGUGGAGGAGAUGAAGGGGUGGGAUUCGCGAAAGAGAUGAAGAGUUUCCUUGAAUUAGCAGGGGAAGAAUUAAGAGUUUUGAAGGAAGAAGAAGAGAAAGUAAUGGAACUUGUGAAGAAAACAACUGAUUAUUACCAAACGGGUAAUUCAAAGGAGAGUGAAGCGAAUCCACUUCAUUUAUUUGUGAUAAUCAAAGAUUUCUUGGGUAUGGUUGAUCAAACAUGCAUUGAAAUCGCGAGGAAUAUGCAGAAGAGGAGAAGUGUUGGUUCGAACGAUGGUGCUGGUGGUGGUUUGUCGACAUCGAAGUCUCCUGUUGUGGAUGUUGUGGAUAGACGGUCGGUUAGAUUUCCAAAAUUGCCACCAAACUUUAUGUCGGAAAAGUCUAAUGGCAGCGACGAUGGCUCAAGUGAAUCAGACGAUGACAACGACGAACAUCCUUGAUAUUCUACCGGUAGAUAAAUGGGAUUCGUUGUACAUAAUAAUUGAAUAUAGAUGAAGGUACAGAACAGGAACAAAGGAAAUGUGAUUCUUUCCAUAAACAGAAAACAAAAAAAAACAAUUUUCAUUGUCACAAGAUCAUGUCGAUUGAUAGGAGAUUUCAUUAAACAGAGAAAUGAAUCGGUUUGUUUAUUUUUGUUCAAUUUGAUUAUAUAUUAUUAUGUGUAUUUUAUAACUAGGGUUAUUGUAAUUGAUUC